GCCCGUGGGGGUUCGAAGGGAUGCUCUAUCUGGAGGAGAGACGGUCCGUGGACACUUGCGUCUCCGAUAUCAAAUACAAACGUUGCAUGUGGUUUGGUGGAUGGAGGGCGGAUUAAGUCGCUGACGAGUCGUUUUCUGACGUAGGAUCCCCGUUGUUGGAGCAUCAAGCGUCCAAUGUGCUCGUCAGCAACAGGCAUCGAGGCAUGUCUGAUGGGUCAGGGUCCAGUGGGACCUUUUGAUUGGCCACUGCGGGCGUGGGAGACCCGAUGGACAGGAACGACAGCGCGGUGGAUGAAAUCCUAAAACGUUACGCGUUAUCGUGUCGACACUGAAUCGACCACGUUCUGUCUGCUUUUUCCCUGCUUUUUUUUUGCAUAACGUGAAAAAGGAGAUUUCCAACCCAGGGGACAUUUGGCUGGCGAAAUUUCCCCCAGAAAUCGUGUUUUGUUUUUUGCAAAUAUAGCCGAGGGGUUGACAGAGGCGCGCAAUGGGGACCCAGGUAAACGGGAGGAGGAGGAUCCCUAACCGGGAGAAGCUGACUGCAGAGGACGAUGCCUUGAACCAAAUCGCUCGGGAGGCGGAGGCCCGGCUGGCGGCCAAGCGGGCGGCCCGGGCGGAGGCCCGUGAGAUCCGGAUGAAGGAGCUGGAGCGACAGCAGAAGGAGGAGGAGAGCGAGAGGUACUCUCACCCUUCAAGAAGACAUACCUCGAUCUCAGACGAUGAGGAAAGGAUGUCGGUUGGAAGCCGGGGAAGCUUCAGGCCUUCAGACUACAGUGGCUUUCUCGGCUCCAGCUCUCGGGCCUCUUCCAGGGCCAGCUCAGCGCGUGCCAGCCCAGUGGUGGAAGAGAGACCUGAGAGGGAUUUUCUGGAUAAAGGCUCCAGAACAGCUUCCACCCUAUCAGCAGCCACGCUGGCCUCGCUGGGCGGGCCUUCGUCCCGCAGGGGCAGCUGUGAUACGUCGUUCUCUGUGGAGACGGAGGCGUCCAUCAGGGACAUAAAGGACUCUCUGGCGGAGUCGGAGGAGAAGUACCGCAGAGCCAUGGUGUCCAACGCCCAGCUGCACAACGAGAAGUCCUACCUCAUGUACCAGGUGGACACGCUGAAGGAGGAGCUGGCCGACAUGGAGGAGCGGCUGUGGGAGAAGCACCGCGAGCACGGCGACAAGACCAAGGAGUUGGACAGGGAGAGACACGCCCACGGCAUCCUGCAGUUCAAGUUCAAGAACGUGGAGCAGACCCUGAGACAGAGCGAAGAACUGCUAAACAAACAUGGAAUAGAGUUGUCACCAGAGAUUACCACCAAUGGUGAUGCAGGCCAGAUGGGGACCGAUGGCACGGACUCACAGGAACUCCUCGCUGGGGGUGGAGAGAGCAUGCUUGAGCUGCGACUGAAGAAGCUUGUUGACGAACGGGAGAGUCUACAAGAUCAGGUCAGGCGUCUGAAGUCUCAGUUGGACCAGAGGCAGAAAAACGGAUCAGAGAUUCCGGUUGCCGAAGGCGAUGAUGACCUCCUCGAGAACGGCCUAGACCCCCACAUCCUGGACCUGCAGAGGGACGCCAACCGACAAAUCAGCGAUCUCAAAUUCAAACUGGUGAAAUCAGAACAGGAAGUGACCGCUCAGGAGCAGAACAUCAUACGGCUGGAGGGCCAGGUGUCGCGCUACAAGACGGCGUCGGAAAGUGCCGAAAAGGUGGAGGACGAACUUAAGGUGGAGAAACGCAAACUACAGCGAGAGCUGAGGGCAGCCCUGGACCGUGUGGAGGAGGUGGAGGUGAGCAACAGCCACCUCUCCAAGCGCCUGGAGAAGAUAAAGGCUAACCGCAACGCACUGCUCGCCCAGCACUGACUCUCUCUCUCUCCCUCUCUACCUUUCUCUCUCUCUCUACCUACCUUUCUCUCUCUCUCUCUCUU